AACACUCUCAAACACAUUCACACUCUCGGUGGAGAGCAGAGGGGACGCUGUCUCUGUUCUGGACUGACAGAAGCUCUGCUUUCCUCCUUGCAGUCUUUCGAAAUCGCUCAUGAAUUCCCUCGCGUAAAGCGGCGCGAGCGUCCGUCCUCUUCCGUCUACACGGGUUAAAGAAAGAAACCUCCUCGCCAUGAACGGCAUGAGCAGUUGCGGUUUCCUGAAUAUGGCGACGACUGGAGACUUCGACCCUCUCAACGCUACUAUUCCUGCUACAAAAGUUGAGAUUACAGUCUCGUGCAGAAAUCUGCUUGACAGAGACACAUUUUCCAAAUCAGAUCCAAUCUGUGUGCUGUACACCCAAGGCAUUGGCAACAAAGAGUGGCGAGAGUUUGGGCGGACGGAGGUUAUUGAUAACACUUUGAACCCGGAUUUUGUGCGGAAAUUUAUAUUGGACUACUUCUUUGAAGAAAGACAGAACUUAAAGUUUGAUCUGUAUGAUGUCGAUUCCAAGAGCACCAACCUUUCAAAACAUGAUUUCCUUGGCCAGGCCUGUUGUACGUUGGGAGAGGUGGUGGGAUCAUUGGGUGGUCGUAUGGAGAAGGCUCUUGGGGGGAUUCCAGGGAAGAAAUGUGGGACGAUUAUUGUGAAGGCCGAGGAGCUUAGCAACUGCAGGGAGUCUGUGAUGAUGCAAUUUUGUGGCAACAAACUGGACAAAAAGGACUUCUUUGGCAAAUCGGACCCCUUCUUAGUGUUUUAUCGCAGCAAUGAGGAUGGAACAUUUACCAUUUGCCAUAAGACAGAGGUGGUGAAGAACACGCUGAACCCUGUGUGGCAAGCCUUUAAAAUCUCCGUCAGAGCUCUUUGCAACGGCGAUUUUGACAGAACGAUCAAGGUUGAAGUGUAUGACUGGGAUCGGGAUGGCAGUCAUGACUUCAUUGGAGAAUUCAGCACAAGCUACAGAGAGUUGUCAAGAGGCCAGUCACAGUUUAACGUGUAUGAGGUCAUAAACCCUAAGAAGAAAGGCAAAAAGAAAAAAUAUCUCAACUCUGGAACUGUGACAUUGCUAUCGUUUCUCGUUGAUACUGAAGUCACCUUCCUGGACUUCAUCAAAGGCGGGACUCAGAUUAAUUUCACAGUGGCGAUUGAUUUCACAGCUUCUAAUGGCAACCCAGCGCAACCCACUUCCCUCCAUUACAUGAAUCCCUAUCAGCUCAACACCUACGCCAUGGCACUCAAAGCCGUGGGGGACAUCAUACAGGACUAUGACAGUGACAAGAUGUUCCCUGCACUGGGUUUUGGAGCCAAGCUGCCUCCUGAUGGGAGAAUAUCCCAUGAGUUUGCCCUGAACGGAAACCCUCAGAAUCCAUAUUGCAAUGGUAUUGAUGGAGUCAUGGAGGCAUAUUACCAGAGUCUAAAAUCUGUUCAGCUCUACGGUCCCACCAAUUUCUCACCUGUCAUUAACCAUGUAGCCAGAUACGCUGCCUCAAUAAAGGACGGAUCACAGUACUUCAUCCUCCUCAUCAUCACGGAUGGAGUGAUAUCAGAUAUGGCCCAGACAAAGGAGUCCAUUGUCAAUGCUGCAUCUCUUCCCAUGUCAAUUAUUAUUGUUGGAGUUGGACCAGCCGAGUUUGAUGCCAUGAUCGAGUUGGAUGGUGAUGAAGUCAGAAUCUCAUCGAGGGGCAGAUAUGCUGAGAGAGACAUCGUACAGUUUGUUCCAUUCAGAGACUACAUUGAUCGCACUGGGAAUCACAUCCUCAGCAUGGCCCGCUUGGCCAAAGAUGUUCUUGCAGAGAUCCCAGACCAGUUCCUAUCCUAUAUGAGGACCAGAGGAAUCAAGCCGUCUCCCGCUCCCCCUCCGUACACACCCCCAGGACACCCGCUGCAAACUCAGAUCUAAAAUGGGCCCAGGAGCGAGCCUUGCAGUAUCUCAGAAUCGCUUUCUCAAUCGCUCAGUGAGAUGAAGUUUUCCUCAGCUCUCAGCUUUUUCUGUCCCUUUCUCUUUGCACUAUUGGGGCUGUAGAUGAACAACAUGGUUAGACAGGGUUCUGAGAACAGGUUUACUUCCAUUACAGGCAUUCCCUGUCAGGAUGUCUCUCAGUUUCACUCAUUGUCUCUUAAUGCCUGGCUAGCUCGUUUCUGAUGGCCAAACUGUAGAAUGAACUUCGCAUUUCUGGUUAACUCUGAAAAGAAGUAUAGAUAUGUGAAGGUAAGGAAAGGCUAAAAAUUGAGCUGACAAUAUUGCUCCCUGUCUCAGAACAGCAGAGCAGCUUCCUCUUCCUCAGACCAGGAAAAGGCUAACAAAUCACCAGUCACAAACAGACUGUUGUAAAUAACUCUUGAAGUAGACUUCUUCCGUCAUUUCUUAUCUCUUCCUAUUCUUUCUUCUCUGAGAUCUCACUCAAUGUUUACAUGUUGAUGAUUUUCUUACUGUUGGAUCUAACUUUUAUAAGCGUAUAUCUUUAACAUGAACUUUGCCGUGCAAAUAUUCGCAGUGUGUUAUCUUUGCCAUGCCUAUCAGGUCGCAGGGGCUGGUGUUGCUGCGGAAAACCACAAUUCUUGCAUGGAAAUGGUGUGCUCAGGCAUGCGAUGCAUGUUGUGCAGCAUUCAUGUUAUUUAGCCUUUUCUCAUUCUCUCUUUUCUCUCGCUCACUUUCUCCUAUUUUGUUUUAUUUUUGCCCUGGCACAAGCACAAUAGAUGGGCACCAUUGUGUAUAAAGAACCUCAUAGGACUCAAUGUGUUUCAUUGCAUUUAAAUCUGAGCAGCUGCUCUCAAAUAAGAGCCCAGUGGUCAAAAACACGGAUGCCAUUGUUAUUUUCUGUCUUAAAACUUUGUGUCUUAUGGAUGUUUUGUAAUUUUCUGUUGAUUUGGUGAUUCUGUAUUAUGUUUUUCCAUUAUUAUGUAUAUUCAUCCAUUAUAUUUAAUCAUUACCUGGUAGAGUUGCCCAAAGAUAGUGUCAAAAAAGCACAAAGAUAAUUACGAAAUCCUUCAUUUUGGAUUUCUUUGAGAAUAUUUAAGUGUCAAAACCGGAUAAGAUGCAGAAUUAUACGCCAAAUUUAAGUUGA